AUGGAGGAAACAAAUUUUUUGGUAGAACCCCAAGUUGUGGCGAAGGCAGAGCCACAAUCUCUGUUCUCCCCCAAGAACCCAAGUCCCGCGGAGAAACUUUUUCUGUCUAACAUUGACCAAGCAGUGACUUUCCCCGUGGAAAUAGUUUUCUUCUUUGAAGUUGAGCCAGAGAUGAGUGCUUCCACAGUGGGGAUUGCAGAGAGAGUGAAGAGGGCAGUGGCUGAGGUGCUUCUGGUUCCUUACUACUUCAUGGCAGGUAGACUCAAUUUCAACAGUGAGACCGGCAGGCUGGAGCUCCUCUGCAACAAUGCAGGGGUGGACUUUGUGAGUGCAGCAUCAGGGCUGAGGUUGAAGGAUUUGGGAAAACUCUUUCUUCCCAAUCCCUCAUUUUCUCACUUUGUUCAUAGGCCUGGCCUGUUCAAAAGCCCUGCAGACACUCCACUCCUCACAAUCCAGGUUACAAGGUUCAAAUGUGGGGGCUUCUCACUUGGGUUUGUCACAAAUCACAGCAUUCUUGAUGGAAGAUCAGCUAGUGAGAUGUUCAAAGACCUUGCCUCCAUUUGCAGAGAUAUCGAAGGUGGGACUCAUGAAUCCAUCAAGGCCAAGAUCAUCCACAAUGACAGAACUUGCAUCACAGCAAGAAACCCUCCUCACAUAAACUUCCCACACAAAGAAUAUGUGAAGCAGACAGACCUCAUCUCCUCUCUCCCUUCCUCCUUCACUCCCCCAAACCAGUCCUCCCCUUCCCCUCUUAUCUUCUCAAAGCAAUACACUCACAGACUCUUCCCUUUCUCUCCCCAAAUGGUCACCACCCUCAAGGCACUCUCCCUGACCAAGAACUGCUCAAGCUUUGAAGCCAUUGUAGCCCACCUCUGGAGGGCUAGAACCAAGGCUGUCCUCCAAAACCCAGAUGAGGUUUCGACCGUUCUCUUCGCGGUCGAUGUGCGGUCCAAAAUAUCGCCACCUCUCCCCAGUGAGUUCGCGGGGAACGCGGUGAUCACGGCCUUUGCCACCGCAAGAGUGGCAGAGUUGGUAGCGAGGCCGCUGUCGUUUGCGGUGGAGAAGGUGAAGGGAGGGAGGGAGAGGGUGACAGAUGAGUACGUGAGGUCAGUGAUAGACUGGCUGGAGGUUUACAGAGGGAUCCCAGCAACUGGGCAUGGGAGUUUCUACGUGUCUGCUUGGUGGAAGCUGCCCUUUGCUGAGCUUGACUUUGGGUUUGGGAAGCCAGUCCAUGGGGGGCCUGUGGUGAGUGGGAAUGAUGAGUUUGUGCUGUUGCUUGCUGAUGGUGUGGGGAAUAAUGGAGGAGGGAUUAAUGUGUGGAUGGCUCUUGAAGAAGAGCAGAUGAAGAGGUUCAUGGUUCAUGUUUUUGAGAUCUAA